AUGAAACAGAUGGAAGAUGCUCCUUCAGUAAGUACAGCUGACGAAAAGGAGCCCUCAGAAAGUGUAAAUGAGGACAAGAAUGUGGAAGAGACCGAAUUCAAAAAACCUGUUCUGUCGAAGAAAAGAGCGGCUGAAGAUGCUGGAGAAGGACCUGAUACCAAGAAGCCAGAGCGUAAGCUGAAAUUUGAGUCAACAUAUCUGCGAUCUAUUCCAUCUGCAAGCCAGUAUGAGAAGUCAUUCAUGCAUCGUGAUAUUAUAACUCACGUUCUCGCCACAGAGACUGAUUUCAUUAUAACAGCCAGCUGUGAUGGUCAUUUGAAGUUUUGGAAGAAAAAAUAUGCUGAAGGAGUCGAAUUUGUUAAGCAUUUCCGUUGUCAUCUAGAUCAAGCAAUGCGCUUUCCAACGUUGUUAGCUCUAGCCGAAUGCGUGACUACCUGCUGUUUACAGCAGCCUCCUUCCUAUGGUUUGCAAAACAUGGAAUGGAAUCGACGUGUAGCCUUGGAGAAAGAAAUGGAUAAGGACCGCGCCAAUGCUUUCAAGAACGUGAAAUUAUGUUGGGACUAUUCAGGAUACUUUGUGUUGUAUCCUUCUCCAGUUGGAAUCAAGGUCUACAAUGUUUAUACCGACAGCGUGGUCCGAGAAAUCGGAAAAGAAGAAACUAUGCGAUUCAUAGGUGUUUCACUAUGCAGAUCAGUACCGGACAUUCGAGCUCGGUUACAGGGAGCUGCAGCCACGAUAGAAACUGAGGCGGCGGAUAAUCCGAACUUGAAUAGAAUUACCGAUCCCGAUCCCAUUAUGGUGUGUUGUGCUCUCAAGAAGAAUCGCUUUUACCUGUUCACGAAUACGGAACCCUACUCAACAGACGACGGCGACGAUUCUGCAGUUAGCAGAGACAUAUUCAAUGAACGGCCACGAAAAGAAGACCAAUUGACUGCUGUUGAGCAAGAAGGUGAUGUUGUUCAUGCGACUGAAGAAGCUGUCAUUCACACGACAAUGGGAGAUAUUCGAAUUCGCCUAUUCCCCAAUGAAUGCCCUCGAACCGUUGAGAAUUUCAGUACUCAUGCGAGAAGAGGAUAUUAUAACGGCUUAACAUUCCACAGAGUGAUUAAAUCGUUCAUGAUACAGGUAGGAAGUGUUCCCAUGUCGUGA